CUGGCCGCCAUAUUGGACAAACUGGACUCGCUAGCUAGAGUGAACGAGACAAGUAGGAGGCAGGUAGCUGGAGAACACAAGUGCUUCGCCGUGGCUUUUAAUGUAACGGCAUUGGUGGCUGUGUUGUUGUCAGCAUAGACGAAACACUCGACCGCACUUCUAUGUGUCGACAUAACUGAAGAAGUGUAGGAUCUCGGCCAUAGAGAGUCCGAGGGGUAUCGUCUUUCGUUGUUGUUUGGACUUGGUAUUGGUAGACAUGACUUCCUUGACACAGCGGAGCUCCGGCCUAGUGCAGAGGCGGACCGAGGCCUCUCGUAGCGCUGCCACCGACAAGGACAGAGGAUCUGGGGAUGAGGAUUUCGAGCCACGGCGCGGUGACGAACAGGACGAAGAAGAGAAGGGAGACUCAAAAGAAACUCGACUCACUCUCAUGGAAGAAGUACUGCUCCUGGGACUGAAAGACCGCGAGGGCUACACCUCCUUCUGGAACGACUGCAUCUCAUCGGGGCUGCGUGGCUGCAUGCUCAUAGAGCUGGCCCUGCGGGGACGGCUGCAGCUGGAAGCAUGCGGCAUGCGACGGAAGAGCCUGCUGGCCAGGAAGGUGAUCUGCAAGUCAGACGCCCCGACGGGGGAUGUGCUGCUGGACGAAGCCCUGAAACAUAUCAAGGAGACCCAACCUCCUGAGACUGUGCAGAGCUGGAUAGAGCUGCUCAGCGGUGAGACAUGGAACCCUCUGAAGCUGCACUACCAGCUGAGGAACGUCCGCGAGCGUCUGGCCAAGAACCUGGUGGAGAAGGGUGUCCUCACCACGGAGAAGCAGAACUUCCUUCUGUUCGACAUGACCACCCACCCGCUCACCAACAACAACAUCAAGCAGCGGCUCAUCAAGAAGGUCCAGGAGUCCGUGCUGGAGAGAUGGGUGAACGACCCCCAGCGCAUGGACAAGCGCCUCCUCUCCCUCAUCUUCCUGGCUCACUCGUCGGACGUGCUGGAGAACGCCUUCGCCCCCCUGCUGGACGAGCAGUACGACCUGGCUAUGAAGAGGGUGAGGCAGCUGCUGGACCUGGAGCCGGAGGGGGAGGGUGCCAAGGCCAACGCCAACGAGCUGCUCUGGGCUGUGGUGGCUGCCUUCACCAAAUGAGGCCGGCGGUUUCCUGGCAACAACGUCUUGGGUUUGUGAUGGGGACGAGGGGGUGGGUGACAGGAAAUUGAGAUUUUUGGGGUGGGGGCAGAGAGAGUGCUGGCCUGCUAGGUAGGAACCAGACUGACUCGCCUCCUGCCUGGGCUUCAGGACCAGACCGCCCCACCCUUCUCACCCUCCCCUCCUUUUUGGUUCCUCUUCUUUCUUGACCUGUAGAUAACUAUCCUCCCACCCUUCUCCUUCAUGCUCCUCCCCCUUUCUGCCAGAUGUGUCAUUUAAUCGCUCACUUUUUCAAAAGAAAAUGAACCGAAGAAAAACGAAAAUAAAACUCUGAACUCUGAGUUUGAGUACUGGGUAAUGUUACGGACAGCAGACUGGCUGAAUCGGAGGCCUCCAUUCAUGUUCUCUGUUCCCUGAACACACAUUUAUAUAUAUAUAUAUAUAAAUCCUAAAGUAUAUUAAUCCAACAAUUCUGUUCUUCUGUGUACAUGCACAUUUCAUGUACAAACAUAGCUGCAGUAUAUGAAUGGAAAAUAUUCCUGACAAGUCUUGAAGUUGAUUUACUCUGUCAGACAUGACACGAUCGGAAGUCUUUGUCGUUUUCACCUUUGUUUCUAAAAGCUGCUCGUCGGACCGGGGUCACAGGUGUGUUCCUCCCUGUCCAGACAGAGGAACCUUCUGACAGGUGUGUUCCUCCCUGUCCAGACAGAGGAACCUUCUGACAGGUGUGUUCCUCCCUGUCCAGACAGAGGAACCUUCUGACAGGUGUGUUCCUCCCUGUCCAGACAGAGGAACCUUCUGACAGGUGUGUUCCUCCCUGUCCAGACAGAGGAACCUUCCACGGUCAGGCCCUCUACGCUGAGGGUGCAGCCCUGGCUUGGUCUAAAGAAAAACAAUAUACAUGUGGGUUUAGAGAGGGUAUUUCUAGCAGGGAUUCAACUGUUUAAAGGAAAAAUCUAUAUUAGAGUGAUCUUUAACCCCUCUGCAGUUUGGACAUCUCCAUGUGCCCCUUGGUAAUAUAAUUUGGUAAUAUAAAGGCACCAUCUGCCCAGUUUUCCAUUUAUAAAUGUGAUUUUUCACUGUGUGCAAGGAUUGUGUCUUGCGCUUUGCUUUCUCAUAAUGCUUUCAAAAAUCUAUAAUCGGUUUAUUUUUUUAACUUUAAAAUAAUCAAGACAUUUUAAAAUAAUUCAAUAAAAUCCAGCGAAUGUGGUAGUUUGUGUGCAUACCAAGGUCUGAAUAAAACAAUCAAAGGAUGGGGCUUCACAUUCCAGUUCUUUCUAUAUGAAGACUCGCACAACCCUUCUCUGACUGCUUUGGUUAGCUUGGACUCUUGAGCGAAACAUGUCUGCAUUUAUAUAUUUUCUCUGGAGCGGGUGUUGAUCUGGACAUUUGGGGGUUAGUCUACUGGUGUAAACUGGGGUUUUCCAAGUCUCCGUUAUCCCCCCCCCCCCCCCCCCCCCCCCCCCCCCCCCCCCACGUCUCCUGGAAUUUGUGUGUGUAAAUGACAAGAAAGCCUUUUGACCAAUCACCAUAUCUUGCUCUUAUUUUUACGUUGCAUGAUUUUGAAAUGUUAUUUUUUGGGUUUCUUUUCUCAGAUGCUUAUUUGUAUUCAUUUAAAAUGCAAUAACUUUUUGUUACUACAUUCUUUUUGCUUUUUGUUUUCAAAUCCAUGUAUCUUGGUAAUGGCAUUGCUUAGAAGCUAGCUACCUUCAUGUAACGUAUGUAGCGAAGACUGCGUCGGAUCAUCGGUGUUUCUGGGCAGUGAUGCAAGUUAGCGCGUCAGACUGCAGCUCUAUAACGAGGUGCGGACUUAGAACAUGGGCUGAAUCUGUAGAUUUCAUAAUAAAGGGACCUCUAAUCUGUAUACUUUUAUUUGACCAUAAAAUAAACUAAGAUCUUGGAAGUGCCUGAAUAACA